CUGUGCUGUUUGCAUCAGCAGCCAUGGGGAAGUAACAGAGUCUUAGGUCAAUGCUCCCAGAGCUGGUAUAUAAGGGCCUCUCCCAGCAGGAGGAGCAUCACACCUUCCUCACCUCUCCUGAGUCCUCUCUCCUCACUUCACCUGAGUCCUCUCUACUGACACCAUGGGUUGCUGUGGUUGUGGAGGUUGUGGUGGCUGCAGCAGUGGCUGUGGCAGCUGUGGCAGCUGUGGGGGCUGUGGGGGCUGUGGCGGCUGUGGCGGCUGUGGUGGCUGUGGUGGCUGUGGUAGCUGCACCACCUGCAGGUGUUACCGGGUGGGCUGCUGCUCCAACUGCUGCCCCUGCUGCCGCGGCUGCUGUGGGGGCUGCUGCAGCACCCCCGUGGUGUGCUGCUGCCGCCGCUCCUGUAGCUCUUGUGGCUGUGGCUCGUGUGGCUGUGGCUCGUGUGGCUCAUGCGGCAAGGGCUGCGGGAAGGGCUGUUGCCAGCAGAAGUGCUGCUGCCAGCAGAAGUGUGGUUGCCAGAAGCAAUGCUGCUGCUAGAUGUGCUCUCCUGACUCCG